UUUUUCAGAUCUGACCGAACUUCUAAUCUAAACCACCAGAGGGCGGGUCGGGUUUUCCAGCUGAUCGUCGUUGGAUGGUAAAAAAAGUAAAAGAACAACAAUGGUAGAAAUCAAAUUCGCUUUCACGCCGAGUACAAGAGCACGGAAAAACAAGCAAGUUAGGGAUGAUGGGACUUACGGAAAAAACUGUUUUCUGCAUCAUGGCAACUGCUUUCUAUUUUGCUCUUGCGGAAUGUGGCAAUGUUUAUAAGAUUGGUAUUGGAAUCGCUGAUAUUACAGGCCCUGCUGCUGAAAUUAAUAUGAUGGGGUACGCCCAGCUGAGCCAGAGGACUUCCGGUAUCCACCUCCGUCAGUUUAGCCGAGCUUUCGUGGUGGACGACGGCGAAUCCAGGAUUCUCUUCAUCUCCAUAGACGCCGGCAUGACGUCACAACUCAUCUACUUGGAGGUAACCAAAGCCCUGAAAGAGAAAUACGGCGCUCUGUACACAGAGAAGAACGUCUGCAUCAGCAGCACGCAUACUCAUUCCGGACCAGGCGGAUUCCUGCAGUAUGCGCUCUACAUCGUCACAUCGCAAGGAUUCAUUCGUCAGUCCUACCAAAGCAUUGUGGACGGAAUUCUAAAGAGUGUCGAAAUGGCGCACCAAAACAUCCAGCCUGGUUACAUUUUCUGGAACGAGGGGGACCUCUACAACGCCAGCAUCAACAGGAGCCCGACUUCCUACCUCAACAAUCCACCGGAGGAAAGGGCUAACUACACAACAAAUGUCGAUACAAAAAUGUUUCUCUUGAAGUUCACAGAUUUGAAUCGGAAACCCAUCGGUAUGAUCAAUUGGUUCGCUGUCCAUUGUACCAGCAUGAACAACACGAAUUAUUUGAUUAGCAGUGACAACAAAGGUUACGCUUCAGUGUUGUUUGAACAAAAAAUGAAUGGAAAAUCACUCAUCGGAAAAGGUCCUUUCGUCGCUGCGUUUGCCCAAGCAAACGAAGGAGAUGUCUCUCCAAACACUAGAGGACCUCGAUGUAUCGACACAGGACUGCCUUGUGAUGCUAACACAAGCACCUGCAAUGGGCAGAACGAAAAAUGCAUUGCCUUUGGUCCCGGAAAAGAUAUGUUUGAAAGCACCAAAAUUAUUGGACAAAGGCAAUACCAAAAGGCCGUGGAGCUCUUUGAAUCUGCCACUGAAAUGAUUUCGGGUCCCAUUGGAUAUAGUCAUCAGUAUGUUGACAUGUCUUCUCAAACUGUCAAAAUAAAUGAGACAACGAAUGCCACUACCUGCAAGCCAGCCAUGGGUUACAGUUUCGGUGCUGGAACCACGGAUGGUCCAGGAGGAUUCGAUUUUAAACAAGGUACAAAAUCCGAUAGUUUAUUUUGGAAUCUAGUCAGAGAUUUAAUCUCUGCUCCUAGUGAAGAGCUAAAAAGCUGCCAAAAGCCCAAGCCAGUACUGUUGCCGACAGGCGAGAUGAAGUUCCCUUAUGCCUGGCAACCUUUCAUAGUUCCUACACAGAUCCUAAGAAUCGGACAACUAGCUGUUGUGGCAGUUCCGGCUGAAUUCACAACUAUGUCUGGAAGACGCACCAGAAAUGCAGUACAAAAGAUUCUAGACAAAUGCUCUAAAACAGAGAAUAAAGUGGUCAUCGCAGGACUGAGCAACACAUAUUCUUCUUAUGUGACAACUUACGAAGAAUAUCAGGUACAACGUUAUGAAGGUGCCUCGACAAUUUAUGGUCAGCACACACUCCAGGCCUACAUUCAGCAGUACGAGAGGCUAGUGGAAGCUCUGUGCAAGGGGGAGAAGUUACCAGAUGGACCCAUUCCAGAGAACAUGUUAGACAAACAGAUCUCACUCCAGCCUGGAGUCAUAUUUGACAGCGCUUAUUUUGGAAAAUCUUUUGGGGACGUAACAAAAGAUGCGAAAGAUAGCUACAAUCCAGGCAAUGCAGUGUCGGUAUCUUUUGUCAGUGGUCAUCCAAGGAAUAAUUUAAUGCUGGAAGGCACAUUCAUGACUGUAGAAAGGUUUGAUCCAGCCAAUGGAAACUGGACAAUUGUGGCAACUGAUGCAGACUGGGAAACAAAAUUUCAAUGGAAACGAACAAAUAUGGUACUAGGACACAGUGAAGCAACAGCAAAUUGGGAAAUUCCAGAAGAUGCACAACCUGGUCGAUAUAGGAUACAACAUUUUGGUUAUAGUAAAAGUAUAUUUCAAAAAAUUUCUGCAUAUAAAGGCACAUCCAAAACAUUUGUAGUCAAGAAAAUGUAAAUAAAGUUAUUUUAUA